CAGUGUAGCAUUUAGGCAGUAGCAGGUAAGCAUUUGGAAAGCUGGCAGAGUAUCGUGAGGACGUAAUACAUAGGACAGCAACGUUUUUCACGCAAAAAAAAUGCACUGUGCUCUCGCGGUCUUCACCUCGAUGGUUCUGGUGCUGCUGCUGGCGUUAGCAACCUGCGCGCAACCGAUUGGCGACUGGCCUGAAAGCGGCUCCAAAAGGCAAGUCACGGGAGUUAUUCCUGACUUGUGUCACCCGCCGUUCAAGAUGAUAAGAAAGCGGUGUCGCCUGGUCUCGCGGAAACGCGCCGCAGGGAGACUUCAGCAGCUACUCAAUGAUACUCUUUGCUACAAGCUGGAGAGGAAGACGCCUAAGUGUUGCUUUAGAAAUAGAAAGAAGUGCAAGAAACCUUGCCCACGAGGACGUCUAAUUCAAGGUAGACUAUCGUGCGUUGUUACUACUCGGAACAGCAUUUUGUUUUCCUACAAAAUGCGCUUUCCUCCCGCUGUCUUACUUUCGACCGUUCUGGUGCUGAUCCUGGCGUGGACUACCUUCGCGCAGCCGAUUGGCGACUGGCCUGAAGAAAGUAGCUACAGAAGACAAGUUGGGGACAUGCCCGAACAAUGUCACCCGCCGUACAAGAUGAUCAGAGAACGGUGCCGCUUGUUAAUGGACAAACGCUCCCUAGAGGGGGCUCAGCAUCUACUCCGUCGCUAUGUCUCGCCGCGUAUCCACGUCGUCGCCGCCGCCGCUGCUGCUGGUGCUGGCGGCGACGGUGCUGCUCCUGGCGGCGAGCGCGAGCGCCGGCCGGCGCCGCCAGGGCCAAAUCCACGACCCGGCCGCGCCCACCACCACCACUACCACCACCGCCGCACCCGACCAGGCGGGCAUCAUCCUCCUGCGGGACAACCCACGGAGGAACUGCCCGCCCAACCUCAAGUGGAAGCACGGACGCUGCCGCCCGGUGGUUCCGGGACCGUAAGCGCGCUGCUGGCGGUGGUCGCGGCGCUGCUGGCGCUGGAGGCCGAGGGCGGGCUGCGGCGCAAGGGCCCGCACGCCAUCCCGCCCGCGCUUCGCCCGCCCGGCACCGCCGCCGACGCCCAGACGCGCGACCACGACGACCCCAUGCGCAGCAACGUGGUCGACAUGCCCGAGAUCGCCAAGGGAGAGCCCAAGUCGUGCCCCGAGGGCCACAGGUGGUCGCGGCACAGAAUCAGUAGGAAGUCUGCGACAGAACCGUGACAACGCCAUGUUUGGGGACGAAGUCGACUACUGAAUUCGACGCCAACUCUGCCACCGACCACGCAACCCGACGAGCUGAACUACCGGCCCGCCGGCAAGCGACCAACCCAUCAACGGACGAACCAGUCAAGAUUUUAGGAUCCAAAUUAUUUCACAAAUCUUUUAUGUACAGAUUUAGAAUUUAUCCCAUAAAAUGCACAAUCCCCUCCAUAUUUAGAACAGUGACUUCAUCCCACGUAUAGAUUGUUUCCAGUAAAUGUCGCAGAAGCUUUCUGAAUCUUUAUAAUUUUAGUUUUUCAUUUGUAUAAUAAGCUACACUCUUUAAUAGAUCUACAUGCUAAAGUUUUGUAUUGUCCCUAUAUACUUUAGUUCAUUUUACAGAUUUUAAACGAAUUUUAACUAUAAAAUAGAUUUCACGAUUUUAAAAAUAUUAGUGUUGUUGUUAUCACAACAAACUACGUAUUUCGAUCACAAGAAAAUAAAAUGAUAUUUUCUUUUGCAUUUAUGUGAGAGUCAGUUCACUUUCAAAAUAUUUAUAUUUAAGUUUUGUAGUCUAUUUAUAUAUAAUCCUAUGUUUAAAUAAAUAAAAAUAUGCAAAAUUAAAA